AUGCCGGGGCCCAGCCGUCCAAUCUUUGGAAUGGCCUACCGCCAUUGUAAACGCUGCUCUAGUGCUGCUAAAACAGUCAGACCGAUGCGCAUGGGUGGAAUUGGAGACAAGGGAGACCCUUAUUUGAAUCGAUGCAUUUUUGCUGGAGCCAGAUGGCGUUUUGAGAAUGGAUUUGAAGACGAAUAUGAGAAAAUCGGCGAGAACAUGAGAUUCUCACCCGAGGACGCACACGCAGCAAAGGUCAUUCGUCCAGUGGACUUUGUAGGACGAUAUGAUGGGUAUCAAAAGCAUGGCCAGAACCUACCGGUUGGAUAUCCAGAGUACGGUGAACAACAAGCUCGACCUCACAAAGAAGGCUGGAAGACCGUUCAUGAUAUGCGAACCUUAGACUCAGCAAACAUAACUUACAGCGAGGACCUUGACAGAUAUUUGGCUGAGACUUAUUCCUCCAAGAUCCGCUUGAAUACCUGA